AAAACCCCCCUCAAAGCGUCACCUUCCCACUUCCCCACCUUCCCUUCAUUCCUUCUUUCUCCUCUUUCAGGCAUUUCAUCAAACACCUUUCCUCCGCAACACUUUUCCCCUUUUCACCGAAAUGGCCAGACCGCAACAACGAUACAGAGGCGUUCGACAGCGCCACUGGGGCUCCUGGGUUUCCGAAAUUCGCCACCCAUUACUGAAGACCAGAAUUUGGCUAGGCACGUUCGAGACGGCGGAGGACGCGGCUCGGGCUUACGACGAAGCGGCUCGGCUGAUGUGCGGGCCAAGGACCAGGACCAACUUCCCUUACAACCCAAAUGUGCCUCAAUCGGCCUCCUCCAAACUCCUGUCGGCCAAUCUCACCGCCAAGCUGCACAGGUGCUACAUGGCCUCGCUCCAAAUGACCAAACAAGCUUCCCUUCAGCACCAGCAGCAAUCUUCCAAUCCCCCGGCAGCUUCUUAUGCCAAUGCCAGGGUGAAAACAGAGGAAUUGGAGCAAGUCCAUGAAACAGAGUCGAAUUGGGUCGGUGUGAAUUGCAAGAAUGGUCAAGUGGAGAGCAACCAGCAGCUGUUCAAGCCAUUGGAGGAUCACCAAAUUGAGCAAAUGAUCGAGGAGCUGCUUCAUUAUGGGUCCAUUGAGCUCUGUUCUUCCGCUUCACCUCAGCCUUUCUAGAAAUUCACUUCCCCCUGCCCUGCAUCCAAAGUUCGAGCCUUUCAUUAGCCAGCCAUGUGCGGCAGUGGUUGCUAACACUACCCAUUUUGGCAAUUGGUCUGAUUUUUAACCUCAAUUCUUCAUGGCCCUUCUCCUCAAAAAGGGCCAUCUUCUCUCUUUUUACCUCUGUUACUUAGCCAUCUAGACCUCUUCUGGGUCAUCUCUAGAAAAAGUGUCUACUUAGUUACCUCAUUAAUGUACAGUAGGUCGUAUCAUAUUCAUAUCCAUAUCAAUGUUGCUGCUUAUCAUAAAUUGAACGUUACCCCGCCUUAUGUUAAUUGCAUUAUAAGUUAUGUUUCCAAAUUGGUAUUAUUCAUAUUCCAACGGGCUCACAUAAUUUCUCCUUACUAGUUUUCGUAGCUAUAG